CAAAAGAAUGGAAGACCGAGCUUUAUCUCCCUUGUUAUGGCUAUGGUCUACUUUUUUUGCCAUGCUUUUUGUCACUAGUUUCGCCAACAUUCCCAUUGCCAAACCCGGCUGCCCAACUAAGUGCGGAAAGGUAACUAUUCCGUACCCAUUUGGCAUUGGCCUAGAGAAAGGAUGUUCCCUAAGUGAGCCCUACAACAUAUAUUGCAACACCUCCACUGACCCCCCAAAACCAUAUUUGUUGAGCAAUGAUUCUCAGCACGAGAUCAUAGAGAUAUCCCAAACCGGCCAGAUGCGAAUUAGGAAUAAAUUGGUCACAAAAUGCUACCAACCACGGCAAAAAAUAGAAGAUGGAUCCACCAACUUCGUGGAAAUAGGUCUCAUCAACUUACCGGUAGUGAUAUCUGAUACUGCAAAUAAGUUCAUCGCUAUUGGUUGUGAUGAUGACUUGGCUAUAAUGCUUGCAGCAAGUACACCAAUACAGGGCCACGUGAGUGGCUGUGGAGCUACGUGUGAUACACUGGAGAUUAUGCUUAAGCAAAAUGAUACGUCGUGUUUGGGUAGAGGCUGCUGCCAAUCGGUGAUCCCAGACAAAGGAUUGAAACAAGUAACGAUCAUAGCAGAAUCUUUGAUCGAUGUUGGAAACACCACCAAUAACAACGUAUCCUAUUGCAGUGCUGCUUUUAUAGCCGAGGUAAACGAAUUCACCUUUAACGUGGCCGAUCUUUUUGGUAGCAACGCAGAGUUUAUAAAUAGAACAAUUGACAAUGUUCCGGUGGUGCUGGAUUGGUAUGUUGGUGAUAACAAGACGUGCCAACAAGCACAGCAGAAUCGGUCCGGGUCCGGUUAUGCUUGCAUGGAGAAUACCAACUGCACGGAUGUUAAUGGUGGCACUGAUUUCGGGUACCGUUGCAACUGUAGACGUGGUUACGAGGGUAACCCCUAUCUCAGUCCUGGAUGCACAAUAGGUCAGUCUUCCCCCAUAUAUUUUCCAUUAGUAAAAAUGUAAAAUGCUAAAGGUCUAUAAAAUAAA